GGAGGCUUCGUUGCAAUCGGAGCGACGAUUUCGGGGUUUUCGAAUAAAAGCUUUGAGAGAAUUCAUGAUUUCAAUGACUCGUCCGCGACUGAUGAAAACUGCUAAAUUUGAUAGAUCCGUGAAGAGCGUUUGAACGUCGUUCGAUUGAAAACAUCUCAAAUUGCCUGUAAGUGAGCCGGAAAUGGUGAAAAAAGUGGUUGAGAUUGACGCUCCAUUCCGAGGUGCCUCGAAGCCAAAGCUCCGCUGCGAUACGUGAUUCGAAACUACAGAAAAAUCGAAUCGUCCAGCUUCCAAUCGUCGGUCCGGACAGAACGAUGGAGCCGGCAGCCACGAAACUCGUUGAUCGUAAUUCGGAUACGAAUUUUUGAGCGUGAGCGAGUCCAGUUCCGGGGAUCCCGGGUGAUAUGAGGCUCGGCGAAUGUCAGGGACAGGCGAGGGAGUCGAAUCGUAAUAAUAUUAGAUAGACCGUCGUAACAGGAAAAACGUAGAGUCCGAGAGUCGCGAUAGGAGCGUUUCCUCUUGAGAUAAAUCGACGCCCCCUUCGGAUGAGGAUCUUCGUCGACGGGAAUAGGUUCGAAGUGGUUAUCGAAGUGGCGGGGCCUUGGGAAGAGCGCAGGCUUUAUCGGUGUCGAUGCAGUUUGUUUUUCUGUGCGGCGAUGUUCCGAGCCUCGACAAAGCUCCACCGGGGAUGAUGAGCAGCGAUCGUCGCUCGUCAAGCAACCCUACAAUGGCUCCCGCAAUCGCUCUGUCUUCAACCUCCGAAAUGAACUCUGGAGCCGACGACCGACGCUCGCCCGCUGAGUCCCUCGUCUCCGACGGCCCCGAGCUCGGGGACGGCGGCGACUCGCCCGAAACUAACCGCGACACGGAGGAAGACGCUGGAAUAUUUUCCGAUGAGUUCUACUCGCACGACACCGACGACGAAACGGCCGAACGCGGCGGCGACGACGACUCGAGGAUCACGGAGAACGGAUCUUCCUUGUUCUCCAGGAGUCACCGCUCCCACGGCCGCUCCGGCGACUCUUCCUCCGACAUGUUAGACCGAGCCGCGUCGGCCCCGGAGCUUCCGGAGUCCCCGACAUCGGGGCUACAGCGUCACCAAACCGGGUGCACCCUCGGAGUGAGGAAGCUCUUCACCAACAGUCGCGAACGUUGGAGACAGCAAAACGUCAGCGGAGCUUUCGCCGAGCUGCGGAAGCUCGUCCCGACCCACCCCCCGGACAAGAAGUUGUCGAAGAAUGAAAUUCUCCGAAUCGCGAUAAGGUACAUCAGGCUCCUGAGCAACGUCCUCGACUGGCAGAAAUCCCAAGAGACGAACGGCCACGCGCCCGGGCCGGGAGCGCUGCGAGGAGCCCAGCAGCCUCAAAACCGGAGGCGUCAGCAGCAGAGCAACCACGUGCGAAUAAAAACGGAGCCAAACUCGACGGACCCGUCGAGUUGGCUCCCUUACGAAGUGAGCAGCAGCAAGGCCGGCUCGUGCGCCGUACACGCGCGCAAAAUGUUCAAGCAAGAGCCCGAGGCGAGGAACAACGCCUCGGACAGUAGCAGCAGCAGCAACGGUGGAAGGGCGUCGACGAGUCCGCCCUCGGAGUCGAUCCAGCGAGUCGGCGGGGACAAUUUGUUGAUGAACUUGGUCGAGCAUCGCUACCGCAACGCGCACAACGGACUGCUCCAAAACCGAGGCAACAACGCCGCCGCUCGGCUGACCCUUUCGUGUGACAAAAACGGCAACGACUUGUUGAUGAUCGCCCCGAGCCCGGGGACCAACGGCCUCCCCAAUUCGAAGCUCGGCUACCACCGAUCGACCAAUGGAAAUCCGCUGCAACCGCUCAACGAAGAAGCCAACGAGACGAGCGCGCUCGGCAACGCUCGAUGCCCCAUCAAAUCCCCGAGCGAGCCUCGAACCAACGUUUCCAUCGGCUGCUCCACAACGCCGACGAGAAUCCUCAAACUCGAGCAAACGCGGGACGAGGAAACGUCGGAAUGUCGACGUUUCGGGGCCGCUCCCUGCAACAGCUCUUCGAGAAGAAAAAACCGAGCGAACACCAACCUUCCCAGAGAUUCCGGAUUCGUCAACAAACGAUGUCGCGUCGAUACGAACAGCCUCGUGGAACGUCCCUUGUAAUGAGAGCGUUCACUGCGCGCCCUUUUCGAAAGAUUCCCGAGGCACCGGCACCUCCAAAUUACCCACUCGAAUCUUCACAAUUUCGUGGAAAAUUCGCGAGGGAAUCCACGAACCUCCGAGAUAAUGCGACAGAAACGAAUGAAAGUUCAAAAAGAAUUUUCCACUCGUAGCGCGCUCGAGAAAAAAAAAAAGUUGCGGAGAUAAUCCGCUUAUUAACGAAAAAGUGCGAGGAAAUCUCGGCGCUAGUCGAGCUUCUUUACGGGAUUUGUGCCACCGAUUGCCCCGGGUGCGUGUGCUCUCGCGUUGACUCGUCGCCGUGUAAUUAUACUUUUAUUUUAUACCCUGUCUGUCUCUCUUUGUUACAUAUAUGUAUACCAGCAGUAUUUAUUAUCUACGUAUACAUAAAUGAAAGUGGUCAAAUGCA